GUCGCUACUUGGUUGCAGCUAGAGACCUGUCAAAAGGAGACUUGGUGUUGACUGAGCGCCCCCUGGUCUUUGGCCCUAAGCCCAUGGCAGACCCAGAAGCUACCAUGCCUUGUGUGGGAUGCUAUAAACCUGUUUAUACUGAUGCCGGUGAACGUUGUGCUAAAUGCGGUUGGCCUGUCUGCAGAGGCAACUGUCCAGGCCUUAAAGACCCGCGUCACCACGGAGCCGAGUGCGACAUCCUCAGCUUACGACCUGAAUGUGUAUUGGAUAACAUGGCAGAUUAUUACAGGCACGAUGCUCUUCUUCCUUUACGAUGUGUGAUGCUGCAGAAGACACACCCUGCGAAGUGGCAGAAACUGCUCCAGAUGCAAUCGCAUAUGGAGUGUAGGACUCCGGGUACCGAAGCUUACGACGAAGCCAACGAAUUCAUCGUCGAGUAUCUUAUAAAUAAUUUUUUCAACAAAUUAGAUGCAAAGAAGAAAAAUCUAGAAGUGUCAGCCAAUAUUAUCCAUAAAAUUUGCGGCAUUAUAGAUACUAAUGCUUUAGAAAUACGCCAUCCUGAUGGUGCAGAACUUUUGGCGCUGUACACUAAUACUUGUAUACUGGAACAUAGUUGCAUCCCAAAUACAAAACACACUUUCAAACUAUCACCUGCUAACAGAGAGGAUUUGUUCCAAAUUACAGUUAAAGUAGUCGUCUCUGUGCUUAAAGAUCAGCAUAUUACCACAAUGUACAGCCAUGCUCUAUGGGGCACGGCAGCAAGACGACAACAUUUGAAAGACACUAAAUAUUUUGCAUGCAAGUGCCCCAGGUGCAGUGAUCCUACUGAAUUAGGAACUUAUUUGAGUGCUAUGAGAUGUUUCGGAGAUGGGAUCAACCCUUGUGAUGGCAUUCACCUGCCUGAAGAUCCCUUGGAUGAUGAAACAGAAUGGGCUUGCAGCAAAUGUAAAAUAAAAGUGAGGAGCUCUCAUGUUAAUAUGAUCAUCUCACAAAUGCAAGAACAAGUUGAUAGCGUUCAAAUGAUGGGAGGUUCUAUCCCUAUGUUGGAAAACUUACUAUGUAGGUUAUCAACGUUUUUACAUCCAAACCAUUACCAUUUGUAUUCGAUAAAGCACUCGCUAGUUCAACUGUAUGGACGUCAGCCAAAUUACAUUAGCCUAGAAAUACUGGAUAAGAAAAUAAAGAUGUGCAAAGAUUUGUUGGCUAUAACGAAAAUAUUGGACCCUGGUAAUGCUAGGUUGAGUCUAUAUAGUGCUGUUUUGAAUCACGAAUUAAACUCUGCUUUGGUUUUUAAAUCUAAAAAGGCCAACGCCGACGGUACACAAAAAACACAGGACGAAGUUAAAUCAUUACUCUCUGAAGCUAAGAUAGUUAUUGAGGAGGCUUUGGUUUCUUUGCAAGAUGAUCUGGAAGAAACAGCUGGAAAGAAACUUUAUGCAGUUAUAGAAAGUAGUAAAAAAGAUUUUGAAACAUAUUGUAAUAAAAUCAACAUAUCAUUUUAAAUAUGAUUUAUUGACAGCAGUCAUGUUAUU